GAUGACGUCAUGACGCAUUCCGUGACGUCAUAUAUGAUGUCACGUAGUUAGUGACGACGAUACACAUCCCUCGUUCUCAUUAUCCUGGUGAAAUAAAACCAAGCAGCCAUGGACGGAGUUGUAUCCCUCUUAUUGGUCCUCGGGGCAUGUGUAAGUCAAGGCGCCGCCCUUCCCCCGCCCAACCACAGAAUUGCAAGCAUCUCCCACGCCCACAGCCCUUCUUCAUCCAGCCACACGCAAGCGAUAUUAGCGAGCAAUAGAAGAUUUUUCCGGCGCGAAGGACCUUCCAUCAAGGUCAGCGGGGAAUUAGCCAAUGGUCGAAGAGCUGAUGCGGAAGUCACCAAUCAGGAGCGAGCAAGCGGCCAUGGCGGUGGCGAAUCGACCAAUCAAGACAGGGCUUCCGACUCUAAGCGACGCAUGGCUUCUUCCUCCUCGCUCAGCAGCCGCCAUGUCGACAUGAUGCUUGAAAUCCUCGAUGAACUCCGGGAUCUCGAAGGAGAGGCGAGAGGAGCCGGAGGCGCCGUCCUCACCACAGACGUGUAUCAGGGGAAGAAGACCCUAGUGUACAAACUGGCCCCCGGGAACGCCAUCUUCGGCGGGAGGGUCAGGAAAACGAGUCCCGACGCGAGCAGCGAGACGGCGCCGAACCUGCAGGAGAGAUUCGACACCAAAGGCGUCAUUUACACAGACGUCGGCAUCGGGCCAACCGCGAGCCAGAUGGAAGCCGCGCACCCGCCGACCGCAGGUGUCAGGCCGCCCGUCAAACUCCCAGUCCCAAAUCGGCAGUUCCAGCGCCCGCCGUUGCCCCCCCGCCCACCGCCACACGCACCCGCAGACGCCGCCGGAGCGACCACCACCUGGAAACUCCACUACAUGAAGCCGCCCCCGCCCAUCUCCGCCAUGCACAACCCCUACCUCACGACCCGCCGCCCCUCCCCGCGGCCCUCCCACACGCCCCAAGUCCCUAUCCGCUGGAGAAAGAGAAAGCCGGCCGCGGGUCUCGCGCCCACGAUCUCCGAGGUGCUGUUCUACCCCCUGGGGAAGGCGGUGCAGGUGGCUCGCUCGAAGGCGCGGGGGGCGUGGGUGUCGUUCCUCCUCCUGCACUACCUGGGCUUCAUCCCUCCCGUGCCAGGAAUCCCCCGCCACCAGGACCCCGACGACGUCCCCUUCAGCAUCAUGAACAUGAUCUCGCGGUUCCUGUGA